AUUUGCCGUCUUAAGGGCCUAUUGCCCCUCAUGUCCCGAACCCAGGGAGAGUAGAUAUCUGUUCGGUGCUCCAUCUUCUUUUCUCGCAAUUGCCAAACCCACAACAGAAUUUCAGAUCAGACAAUGACAUCGUCGGUUUUAGAGUUUCGGUCCGCCGAUGGUCACGGUGAUGGCAAGAGCGAAUCGUUGGAUUUCGCCACUGAACACAUGAAUCUGACAACUAAGAGCCUGUCACUUCCCAACGAGACUUUUCUCAGAGCGGCAAUUUCCCUCAAGGAUCAGGCGGUGCAACUUACUUGGAGAGAAGCCCUCGGCGGAGGCGACCGUACGGAACUGGUGGUGGACCCGACGGUUUACUCGGGUCUGCUCGGCACGGCUCUUACCUGCCUGAGAUCGUACGAGGUCACCGGUGACAAACGUGACUUGCUAUUGUGCUCGGAGAUCGUGGACACGUGUGCUACCGUUGCACGUGCCUCCUUCAGGCAUGUGACGUUUUUGUGCGGUAGAGGCGGUCUUUACGCUCUUGGUGCCUUGGUGGCUAAUUACAUGGGCAACAAUCGAAAGCGGGACCUGUUUUUGGGUUUGUUCAAUGAGGUAGCAACAGAGAGAGCUCUACCUGUUGGACCUGAGGAAGGUGGUUUUGGAAUGUCAUAUGAUCUUCUGUACGGGCGAGCAGGAUUUUUAUGGGCUGCUUCAUUCAUAAAGAAGCAUCUUGGAGAAGACGCAGUGCCCAAUGAUAUUCUGAUGCCCAUAAUAGCUGCUGUGUUGGCUGGUGGUAGGGCAGGGGCAUCUAAUAACACUGACUGUCCAUUGAUGUAUAGAUGGCAUGGGACCAGGUACCUCGGCGCGGCCAAUGGCCUCGCUGGUAUCUUGCAUGUCCUUCUUCAUUUCCUUCUUCCUGAAGAGGAUGCUGAGGACGUCAAAGGAACUUUGAGAUACCUUACGAGUAAGCGCUUCCCUCACAGUGGAAAUUACCCCUCAAGCGAAGGAAAUCCUCGGGAUAAAUUGGUGCAAUGGUCUCAUGGUGCCACUGGCAUGGCCAUCACCUUGUGUAAGGCAGCACAGGUGUUCCCAAAUGACAGGGAAUUCCGAGAUGCGGCAAUAGAAGCAGGGGAAGUUGUGUGGAAGAGUGGACUGGUGAAGAGGUUGGGACUUGCCGAUGGUGUGUCUGGAAAUGCAUACGCCUUCCUUUCCCUCUAUAAACUAACAGGAGAGUAUAUGUAUGAAGAGAGAGCAAAAGUGUUUGGUGGUUGCUUGUACGAUCGGACUAAAUCUCUUAGACCGGAGGGCCAAACCGGAGGGGGAAGCAGUGCGUACUCUCUAUUCCAAGGUCUGGCCGGGGCUGCAUGCCUUUGGUUUGAUCUGCUUGCUCCCCACAAUUCCAGGUUCCCAGGCUAUGAACUAUAGAUGAUAACGGACAAUGUUUAAAAUUAUGGAACGAGGGGGGUCCUAUAUGGAUGCUUCUGUCGUUUUAAAAUAUCUGUUGUUUACAUCAUCAGAGUUAUGUAUACAAGUUUUAAAAAAUGUGUUGAAUAGUGUAACUGUAAUAAUAUAAUGAUAUUUAAUUA